AAGAAUUUUGUUUUCUUAUCAUCAUCUCAGCAUUUUCCUUUAUUCCUUUCUCUUCAAUUAGUUAAUUCUAUUCAAUUUUUUUUCAAAGCAAGGUAAUUAAGAUUUUUUUUUUACUUUUAGUUAUCUCUUACUUCUUCUUUCCUUAAAACAAUAAGCUAAGAAUAUUAUUUUCUUUUCUUUUCUAUAUGCUUUUUUGUUCUUUUUGAUCACCUUCCAAUUUUCUUCUCCCUCUUCUUUUUUCUUUAUAUAUAUAUAUUCAACUUAUUCAUACAUAUAUUAAUAUAUUAUCAUUGUCACUCCCUAUCUUUAUAUAAAUAUACAUAUAUCUCCUUCAACAUUUUUCUAUAUCAAACUUCACUAGACAUAUCUUCUAAAACAUUUCUCCUAACUGUUGAUCAAUCUCUCAACCUUCUUUCUUAUAUCUUAGCCCGAAAAUACAAGUUAAAAAUAAAUGGAGAUGAUCCAACACUUGACACAUUGGGGGCAUGUGCAUCCUUUGCUAUUAGUUAAGGAUGGCAUGACCACAAGUAACAUUAUGUCUAUUAAAUGUGAAUUGUGUACACGUUCUACCAUUACAGGAGAUCCAUUUUAUGGUUGUGAUUCAUGCCAAUUUUACUUGCACAAAUCAUGUGCUGAGUUGCCUCCACUAAUAUAUCACUCUUUUCAUCCUGCCCACCCUCUCUUCUUGUCCACUUUAACUUACACAUUGUUUUGUCGCUCUUGUAAAACAGUUGUCUGGAAUUCUCUUUUCUACGCAUGUAUUAACUGCAAUGUUUAUUUAGAUGUGAAUUGUGCAUGGACGACACCCAUAACAUUAAAAAAAACUGAUGAAGAUAGCAUUAUUAAGCAUUCCAGUCAUCAUCAUCCAUUGCAUGUACUUGAUAAUAUCGAUCCGAUUAAUUGCUUCGGAUGUCAAUCAAAAAUAUGCUCAAUGGAUGAUGUUUAUGGUUGUACCGAAUGCAAUUAUUUCCUUCAUAAAUCAUGUGCAGAGUCUCCCAAAGAAAUGCAAUAUCCUUUCCAUUGGGACCAUGCUCCUCUUUCUCUUAAUCUCCAAUACUUUUGGUUUGGUCAAUGUGCACUAUGUAAGGAAACUUUGAAAAAUUGUUUCACUUACAAAUGUGGUGAGUGUACUUUUCGACUGUGUUUGAAAUGCAGUGCAAUCAAAAUGAGGCCAGGAAGUAUUAAGUUUGAAAAUCACCAGCACUCUCUUUGUUACAUGGAUAACAUGAUGCCCAUGAAUAAUCAUUGUAGCAUCCAAGAUUGCUAUGGUAAGAAACCAUCUACUUCCCAUUGUAAAGAACUCUCUUACACUUCUUGUGCAACAUUUUGCUUGGAAUGCAACUUCAGAAUGCACUUACUCUGUGGACCAUUGCCACCCAUGAUCAAAGAUGAGUCCCACAUUCAUCCUCUUAUUUUGGUUGAUUCGGUGGUUGAGGACAGUUAUGAAGACUUCUAUUGUGAUAUUUGUGAAAAUGAACGAGAUCCUCGAAUACGUGUUUAUUAUUGUGAGCCCUGCAAAUUUAUUGGACAUGUACAUUGUCUCAAGUCUAAGAUCAUAAAAAUACUAACAGGAGAGCUUCAAAAUGUGGAGUUAAAGAAUAUUGGAGAUGAUAUUUGGAAAUUGAAUAAGCAAAAAAGAUAUGACAAUCAUUCUACAGCCAUAGCCAUGAUCAUGAACCAAACUUCUUUAACUCUUAACGAUAUAAUAAAUGGACUACCAGAAGAUCUUCGAACUGCAUUGAAGAGCUUUUACAAAUGGGAAGACAAUUCAUUUGAGUUCAAGGGACAAUCUGAAAAUAAGCGUGGUGGAGAAGAUAUUGAUUGGAUUAUACAACUUUCUCACUUCACCAAUAAGGAUUUUCAAGAAUUUUGUAAUGAGCUUGAGGAAUUCUAUUCGACCAACAGAAUAGAAUUGAAACCUAGUGAUUUAGGAGUGAAGAUUGUAAGUGUGGGAGAUUAUAAGAUACCUUUUACUUUAGUACCUAUUUUCAACAAAUUACUUGAUCAGUAUGGAGAUGUUGGAAUCACUGAAAAUAAUUGGCGAUGGAAGUGCGUUGUUUAUUCUGUUUUAUGUGAGGUCAUAAAGGAAAUGUGCACUACUAUGGUGGCAGACAUUACCAGAAAUCAUCUUCGACAAUGGUAUUACCACUUGAGAUUCGUGGAUUUUCAGGGCUUUAACAUUUCUUUCGCAGUUGCUCAUCUAGAGAAACUCAUACAUGCUUUCUUAGGCCUUCAAACAAAAAGACUUGAAACAGAAAUCCCUACAAAAGUAAGGGAGAAGGUAGCAGAGCUAAAGCAAGAGAUAGAAAAGGAAAUGUCAAAUCUGAAGAAAUGUGAAGAGUAUAAUGAUAAGUCAUUGCCAAAGUCUGAGUUGAUGAAGGAUUGUUGGAAUAAGGCCUCUGCAAUGAAGUUCAAGAAUGCAUGUGAAGGUUUAAUGACUAUAGAUAAUGAUCGUCAACUCCUUCAUUUCUUGCAAGAGGCGGCAUCUUAGUGGUGUCAGAAAUCCAAAGGAAGAAAAAGUGGCAUCACUAGCAACAGCAUUAACAAAUGGUGCAAAUUCCACUUUUAAACACUUCUACUUCUGUUAACAUAGUUGUGGAAUUGAAUUGGUUUUUCUAGUGUGUCUAAUUCUAAAUCCAUAGUUUGGUUGUAUCUUGUUUGAUGUUAUAUAUUAUGAUUUUCAGUAGUUAAUGAACUUCAUAUGCCACUUUCAUAUCUAAAAGUAAAAUUAUAUAAAUAUCUUAUUAAUACAUAUUUGAUUGAUAUUA